UCGUCUCCUCUUGAGUCAACAAUUUCGGUUCAGUUUCAGUGCUCCCGAGUCAUAGACAACGUUUCCACAGUUUGUUCUGUGCAUUGCUGAAAUUGUCUGUCUUGACAAACUUAUUGGGAACUUAUUGGGAUUCGUCAAGCAGGAAAUAUGGCGUCCCUCUACCCGAGUCUCCACGAGAAAUUCAAGAGCGAGAGCGUCUGUCCGAUAUGCCUGAUGGAAAUGAGCCAAACGCCCAAGUUCACGUGCAGUAACGAUCACGUACUGUGCCAUCGCUGCAAGCCUUAUUACUAUGGCUGCCCUAUUUGUCAGUUACCAAUGGAAGUGGAAAGUCCUGGAAUUGAAGUGGAAUCGCCUCAUAUGCCGCCACCGAUUCAUUUCAUGCCGCAUCAUAUGCCUCGUGCAUCUCCACAUUGGCAGGGAGCUGGUGGUCCGUUAAACGAAUUUCUCGGUCAGGAAAGAGGACCCUGGUCACCGCCGUCACCUAGUGAUACUCAGGAACUUCACGCUUGCCGAUAUGCGUAUCUGGGAUGCUGGGUAAAAUUUCCAGAGCAUCUUCGUGAACUUCACGAGACCAGGUGCCAAUUUCGACCGUUCCUGGAAGAAGAGCAUCUGCCUACUGAUUUGCCGAGUUCUGAUGAUCUGGUGGAGUGCACUUAUCAGCCUGCAGGAUGCAACGUUAGGAUGCCAUCGUGGAGACGUCGAAUUCACGAGGAGGUAUGCACCUACAAAGAAAGAUUCGAAGCUCUUCAAGGAUUGGAUGAACCUUCCAAUUGGUUGCUACCUGAUCCUGAUAACGUGACCUUUGAGAAUGGCGAAGAUCCUGAAGAAUUGACCGAGUGCAAGUUCAGAAUUUAUGGGUGUCUUGUCAAAAUGCCUCUAAGACGUAAGCUGAUCCACGAACUGAAGUGCAACUAUUCCAAGUAUUAUUCUGCUGAAGACUUUCCUGAUGAAGCGGGAGAGGAGGAAGAGCAGGAGGAGACAGAUGAGGAUCCAGAACAGCAGGUGGAUUGUAAAUGGGCUGAGCUUGGAUGCAAGAUCAGGCCCAAACUUUAUCGCGCUGAAAUUCACGCUGAGAAGUGCAAUUACAGGCUCGAGGAUUGUGCCUACAAAGAUAAUGGAUGCGAGGAACGUUUUCAUCCUCCGAAAAGAUACGUUCACGAGCGCUCCUGUCCGUUUGCCGAAUAACUAUCUAAACUUAAAAAUUAUUUUUAAUGUUACGUAUUCGAAAAAAAAAAAAUCAUCCCAGAACGAACAAAGCAUAAGAAAAGUCUUUCUACCUUGAAAUUGUAAUUGUCCGUCUUGCUGAGCGAAAAUGAAACCGACGCACGAGGGAAUUUUCCACGGGAAUUUCAUGCCUUUAUUUGCUCACGAGUGACAGUCAACAAUUGGAUUUUCCAGUAAUGGAGAGGAAAAGUGUGCGAUUAAACGUUUCUUAUUUGA